UCACACACUACUGUCAGUGCCAGAAGCUUUUGCCUCACUGUUCUUCAUGUAAAGUGACAUAGGGCAGAAACAGUCUUAAGCUCAGCAGUCUGGUCCUCUGUGUAUCAUGGUGCACUUUGCCUCUAGUUCAGAGGUGCAAACAUGGAAUUCCUGGGAGCUCACCUUGCGUUUAGGUCUCGUUGGCAUAAGACAGAUAAGGAGUUAUGCAGGCACAGCAUGUCAUUCAUUCUUCACAAGGCCAUACGCACAGAUUUCUUUGAGAGCUACCUUUACCUACUUGAAAGACAACCUUUAGUAAAGCUCUAUGCACUGACAAGCGAAGUGAUUGAUGGUGAGAUGCAGUUUUAUGCCCGAGCCAGAAACUUCUAUAGAGAUGUACCUGCAACUGAAGAAGGCAUGAUGGGAGGUUUCUCUGAACUCUCUGAUAUUGAUAUAGAAUCAUCAAGGGAGUUUCUCAGAAAAUUUGCAGGGGGCCCAGGGAAAGCUGGCACUGAUUUUGCCCUUGACUGCGGUUCUGGAAUUGGAAGAGUAAGUAAAAAUGUCCUUUUGCCAGUGUUUAGUAAUAUUGAGCUGGUUGACAUGAUGGAGCCAUUCUUAGAAGAAGCACAGAACUACUUGGAGGAAGAAGGUGAAAGGGUGGAAACGCUAUACUGCUAUAGCCUGCAGGAUUUUGCCCCGCCUGUAAGGAAAUAUGAUGUCAUCUGGAUUCAGUGGGUGUCAGGUUACCUGACUGAUAGAGACCUGCUAGAGUUUCUUAUCCGCUGCAAAAAUGGUUUAAAAGACAAUGGCGUUAUUAUUUUAAAAGAUAAUGUAGCUAGACAAGGAUGUAUCCUGGAUCCUACUGACAGCAGUAUCAUUAGGGAUAUUCACAUCUUAAGGAACAUCAUUGAAAAAAGUGGGAUGUCCAUUCUCGCAGAGGAGAGACAGCCAGGCUUUCCAGAGCUUUGCAUUCCUAUAUGGAUGUUUGCAAUACAAUAGAAAGUGGCACAAAUGUGACCUAGUCUACAAACUGUAUGCUGACUUGGCUCCAUCAAGGAGAAUAAGUGGGCAAAAAUGUCUGAUGUUUGUAUGUUUAUAGGGUCAAAAAUUAUAUAUUUAGUUUUUGUUGCAUAAUGCUAUUUGUUGUUUUGCUACAGCAGUUUGCACUGGUACUUUCACUGAGGUGUGUGAUCACCAAGUUUGUGUGCCAUUCUCAUUCUCAUUAAACUGUACUAAACUUCCUUUAGCUUGACUGACCCUUUCCUGCUCUGAUUGUUGUGAGAAUCCUGGCCUCAUAACCAAAGCACAGGAAGGUGAGGGAAGCAGUGCAGGGGGACAGUGGUGUUGUAUUUGUUAAGAGACAGCCUAUUAUAAAAAUAAACUGCACCGUCUGCCCUGUUUUGAAAACAAGAAUGAUUACAUUUUUUUUUCUUGUCAUAGAUAUUGUGUGCUCAAAUGUGUUAAUUAUUAUUACAUCUUAGUACAGUAUCUGUGUUCUGAUAUAUUGGCCCUCCUUGGUACCUUUACCAGGUUGACCAAAACAUCAAAAGAUACAGUACCAUACUGUAAUAAUAAACAACACAUUUAAACACAGAAGGUAAUGCUGAUCCCUUGAAUAUAAUAUAUGAUAUUUUGAUUGUUCUCCCCCCAUCAAGACUGGAUAAGAAUAAUUUUUGCUUUAACCUUGCCAAAUGUAAAAAUCAACACCCUGUGGCCACCAUAUUCCAGAUUAAACUCUCAGGGAGCGAUUUAAUUAAGUUCAUAAUUAGGUACAAUGUACAUUUUUAUACAUACAAUGUAGAGCUUGUGUAAAAGGCCAAAGCGAUCAGAAACAAACGACUGGGGCUUUAAGCACACAUAUGUAAGAAUAGUGAAUGGGUUCAUAUAUCGCAAAACUAGAAAGAACAAUCUUUAAUUCUGAUCUGGGGACUAAAACCUGUAUUGCAGGGUAAAAUCUAUAAAAGUCCCAUAGAUCCCUAGUUACACUGCUAAAUAUGCUGAACCUUUCUAUGUACACUAAAAAAAUAAUAUAGUUUAAAGUGCUUUCUAAACAAUGCAUUUUACUUAUUUGCAUAGACUGUUUCUAUAUUAAAUCUCCAGUGUGUCUGUAUCUAUAAUGUAAUGUUUAUGGGCUUGUAGUAUUUCCAAUUCUAGAAAAAUCACCAGUAAGGAUAAUUCCUAAAAAGGUGUUGUCUAUGUAGUACUUUUACAUUUACACUCGGUGACCAUUAAACUGUUCAUGUGAAUCGAAUGCUUGAUCGACUAAUAUGAGUAUCCUCUGGAGACAAAAAUAUUUGAAGAAAAACACAGAGAAGGCUACCAUAAUUGUUGCUUAUUGAACAAGCGCAAUUGCAUUCACCAGCAAUUUGCUUCUAAUACGAUUUGGAAAAUGAAAGCAAAUGGUCUGAUUUGUUUGCUUUUGACAGUUGUACUGGUACAGUUUACAUCUGUUUAAUAAAUCAGCCCCAGAGCUGUUACAGUCAAAGGUUUGAUAAGGGGCUCUUUGUGCUGCUUCUGGUGGACGAGCUCUGGGUGAGUUCUGGUCACAGGGGGUAGGUAUUUUUUUCCUAGGAGAUCCCUGCUAAUAUAGCACUUGGGCUCAGCCUACCAGUCUAGUGUGCCAUUGGCAAAUGUAGAUUACAAGGAAUAAAAGCAUCUGCUAUGCUGAACUGCAAGUUAUUAUUGCUAAAGCAUAAAAGAGUAGAAUAUUCAGUAAAAGAGGGAAUUUUAGUAUUAGUUUCUGGAUGCUAUACUAUGCUAUACUAUAGGUCUGAAUCAGUGAUCCCCAACCAGUGGCUUGCUCACCAACCCCUUGGUUGUUGUUCCCAGUGGCCUUAAAUGAGGUGCUUAUUUUUUAACUCCUGGCUUGGUGCAAGUUUUGGUUUACAUAAAAUCCAGUUGUACCACCCAACAGAGCCUCAUGUAGGCUGCUGGUCCACACAGGGGCCUACCAAACAGCCAAUCACAGCCUUUAUUUGACACCCCCAUGAAGCCUUUUCAUCCUUGUGUUGUUCCUCAACUCUUUUUACAUUUGAAUGUGGCUCAUAUGUAAAAAAAAAAAAAAGUUUGGGGACCCCCAGUCUAUAUGCUCAGUUCUAUUAAAGAUCUCAAUAUACUUUAGUGUAAACUAAACUCUAUUGUAAGCUGUAGAUAAAAAAGGCCACAUGUUCCACUAGAAAAUGCCAGUAGCUAAACUGAAAUACUGUCUGUACUAAUAGGCCUGUUUUUAGCACAUGCCUAAUUAGGAGAGUUGUCUUAGGACCGAGGGUUUCUGUCAAGAACUACAGGUGGAAAUCACUUGUCAGAACUCUGAUAUUUAUCAGGUUAAAGAGAAUUAUUGGGGUUCUUGUGGCUAUGUUUGCUGCUGUGAUUUCACUCAGCUGUAAAGAUGUAACAUUUUUUGCUGGAUACUCACAGGAAAGUCAUAUCAUUGCAUUUGCAUAAUUGAAAAUUGAUUGCAAUCUACUUACAUUGGGCAAACUGUAAUCCCACCAUUCAGCCAGUUAUUAUACUGAACGUUCAUACAAAUAGAUUUACAGGAUCUUCUAUAUGUUCUGAUCCAUGGGUGAUGUUCAGAAGAUUGGAGACCUGUAUUUGGCCAUUUAAAUCCCAAGGGCACAUCUACCAAUGGAGGGCAAGGAGCACAAAAGACAGUUCAUGUACAACUCAGGGAUUUCUGCCUGCUAUUGACACACAUACACAUUUUCCUGACAGCGCAAUGCAUUCAUGUAUCUGUAGUGUAUAGAGCGUACUUGUGGGUGCCCCAUGGGUGUCCUCACAUAUGUGCCAUGCACCUUCAAGUAGGAGUGCCUGCAAGAUGCUCCUUUUCGCUGUAUUUCAUAGUGUAAGGCAUAGUGCAUACUUUGUACCAUGCAAGAGCCAGGCACAAGUGCUUAAUGGAAUGCUAUGUGCAGUUUGGCUCACAAUAUAUUAAUUCAUUGAAAUAAAAUAGAAAUCUUUGGGAUCGAUAUAUGUAAGUAUUUUACUAGACAAUUAUAUUCUGGGCUCUGACUGAGAUAAAGAAAAUUAAAUGAAGCAGAAGAUGAGAAGAUAAGAUUGUCAGACAUUUUAAUGCUUUUAUGCUUGAGAUGUCAGGUAUUUGGCAAGGCCAUUGUUGGUUAUGGGCCAACAACCAACAACCUUUAAUAAAUGCAACAUGGCUUAAGAACCUGAAUAUGGAAAAAUGCUGUUGUUUUUGUUUUUUUAUUGUAUGAGUGAAUUGCUUUCCAUUUGGUACCCACAUAACAUAUGUAUCAAGUGUUUUGCCAUUCCUCUUGUUAGGGGGCAAAGGCCUAGAGCAAAGUCAAGUAAAAUAUAAGUACAUCCAUUUACUGAUAUUGCUAUUAUAUUUGAUAGAGUCUUUUAAAAUGUAUAUUAAAUACAAAUAUUGUUUAAUAUGCAGACAUUUGAGUUGGCACCAGUAAAGAUUGGCCAGUAAAGCUGCAAAGUUACCACGCCAUUAAAUGUGGGUUACCUUAAAAAUGGUAAAUGGAGGUCCUGAUUGCGAUUGUAAAAAUAUAAUAAAUACAGCAUGUGUUCAGAGCUUAAAACAACAUGUAAAUAAACCGUUCUUGUUUUAAAACCA